UUUUACUUCUGCUAUUACUGGUGUAUUUGGCUGAACCCUACAAGGUGCACAAGGAGCAGACAUAGCAGCAAUGGUCCGCCAUCUCGAGUAUCCCAAGAAACCCCAGAAUACUGUGAACAGAUACAACAGCAGAGCAACCUACGACUUGGGCUCCAUUCACUCCAUUAUCAAUACGACUUCUGUGCUCCAUGUCUCAUUCGGCGCCAGUCCCGAUGAGCCCUUCCCAGCCAUUCUGCCGAUGAUAGGCGUCAUGGGCUCCUUCGACUAUCCGUCUUCUGGCCUUGACGAGCCCCUCGACUGCUAUCUUCAUGGUUACGUCAGUUCCAGAAUCAUGCGACGGGCGCGAGAGUCACCACAGGGUCUUCCCGUCUGCGUCGCGGCCACCAAAGUAGACGGCCUGGUAUUGUCGCUGACCCCAAACUCACAUAGCUACAAUUAUCGCUCGGCGGUUCUUCAAGGAUAUGCCAAACCUGUGGAAACCGACGAAGAGAAAUUGUACGCGAUGCGACUGAUCACCAACAAGGUCGUCGAUGGGCGCUGGGAGAAUACCCGCGUGCCGCCGGACAAUGUCGAGAUGACCUCGACCACGAUCCUGCGAGUCAAGGUUGAGACUGGCAGUGGCAAGAUUCGUGCAGGUGAACCUCACGACGAAGCGAAGGAUUUGAACAGAGACGAGAUAACCGAGAAGGUCUGGACCGGAGUGAUCCCGGUGUACGAGGCGCUGGAGAACCCCAUACCAGCUCCGACCAACAAAGUCAAGCAGCUGCCAGCAUAUAUCGAGCAGUUUGUGUCGGAAAGGAAUAAAUCAAACCGAGAAGCUGCCCUAGAAGCUGUUAAAGAGCCUUGA